GAUAUACCUGUUCGUAAAUUUCUGCAUGGUGUUAGUGAGUACUUCAUGAAUGAAUAAUUCUUGAAAUUAAGCGAUGAAAAAUUCCAUGCAUGCAUAACACCAUUGCCUAAGCACUCUUUCUCAUUUUUGCCCCAAUAAAACCUUUGUUUUGCUGGGCAAGCAGAACAAGAAGCAUCGUGCUUCAGAAUGGAAAUAUCUUAACAGUUCUUCUAUGAUUUAGUUUAAAUUAUUAGGUUUAAAUACGAAGUGUUUUGCUGCGUUUAAUUCAUUCUGGUAGGUAAAACUCAUCAAAAUAGCAAGUUGUAAGAAAAGACUGAAUUCCUGUUUAAGGCAAUAAGUAAAGGUCCCUUGAAAUUUUUGUUACAUAGAACUCUACUUAAGAACAGUCAUUUUCCUCUUAUUGAUGCACUGACCAGCACCCUUGCCCAGUGUUUUUCAUUAAAAUCAGUUUAUACUGUAUGUUAAUAUGUUCUUGAAUCUGCUUGAAAAAACAAAUAAUGACUUAAUUACACAAGAGCUAAAUUAUACUUGCCCUUGGUAGCUGUCCUAUUUGAAUUAAGUAUGUAAAGAACUUAUUUUGCUAUUCUUGUGGAAACUCCUUACUUUAAGGAGAACACCUUUCAUGCAGGUGUAUAUCUCAUUUUGAAAAGACAAUGGCUUCCUUGUUGAAGCUAAGUAUUCUGUAGUAAGUAGUUAAGCUGUAAUUCCUUUUUAAAAUGAUCUGUGUAUGUGUACACACACACACACACACACACACACACACACACACACACACAGCUUGUGAUGAAAAGCCUAAAUGGUCUAGGACCACACCUUGUGUGAGAGACCUCUGGCUGUGGCUGAAAAUAAAUUAUGGCUUCUAUGACUGAGGAUGUUACACUUUAACAAAUGCAUUAGGUGUAUUACAUUUUUAGUUACCUCUCCAAGUACCUUACUAGACCUGAAAGUAUGCUUAAGCGUUCCUGCACUGUAGACUUUUUCAGAGGUGCCUACAAUCCAAUGAUGUCCUCAUCUCAUGUUGGCAUGUGACUGAAGUUUGCAAAAAAGACAAGUACAUCAUUGUCCAAAAAUAAUUUCUGUGCAACAACUCAAUUAAAAAAAAUUGUUUUUCAUAGUCAUUACUACAUGUGAUACUUUUAACAUUGAUCUCUUAAUAAUGCAAACUAUGAAGCCAAUGAAUUGAUUAUUUCUGGUUCAUAGCUGCUUAGGAAUCUACUCUUUUGAAUAUAUAACUGGAGGAAAGGACACUUCACCUCUACUCUUUAAGCAUUUAACAGUUUAGAAACUCAGAUUUUUUUCUCUUUGGAGUCCAUGGUUAUCUGUUGACUAUUGGUAUCUUAAACUCAUCAGUCAUCCUAUUUAAUUGAUGAUAGAUCUAGUGUCACAUUUAUUACGUUACUUAUGUUGCUUCCUGUGGUCAGUCUGUGAAAUUCUAGUUGAACGUACUGUUUUGUUUCCAUAUCAGGACCCUGUUCUAUUGCAGUUCUUCAAUGUUUGCACGUAAUAAAUGUUGGUCAGAAAUAGACUGGAACUUUGUUUUGAUACAGGAAGCUGGAUUCGCUGUACUGAAUAGCAAAUGACAGGAGGUAUUCCAAUUGGUUAAGUAAGAAGAGCAAUUGAGACAACAUGAUCACUUAACAGUUACAGGUAUUAAAAUUUGGGACCAGGAAAAAUUAUAUUUUCCUGUAAUGUUUUUCUGCUGUAGGAACAGAUGUUCAGAAACAAAUGCUAAAUCUGUGAGCUUUUAUAAGACAAACAGAAAUAUUGGGUGCCUUUGUUUGUAAACCAAAAAAUAAACAAAUCGCUGAAAAGUGUUGUGUUGAUUGUGUUUUUGCCCUCUAAGUGUUUGUUAUAUUUCUGCAUGUUUUUAGUGUAAUUUGUGGAAAAUAACUGAAUAGCAUGAAUUCUAGUUUUUAUACUCAUGAACAUUUUUUUUCCCUGAUGAGUCUUUGAAAAUCAAGUUAGUGACAGACUUGAUUUUUAGUAAAAAAGCCAAACAAAACAACAAUAAAAAACACAGAAACAAAUGUCAACUUAAACUUUGGUGAGCUGAUAUCAAAAUGCAUGGUGUUUGGUCAUAGAAACUUUAUUUUAAACUUCAAAUAGCUUUCUCUUAGCUUUUUUUUUUAUUUGUAAUAUCAGUUAUGUGUUUAUUUAGAUGGCUUCUUUUUCACAUAGCUUAAAAGGGCACUUUGGAUUGGCAGUAGCUGGCACAUGCAUUAAUAUUUCAAGGAAUUCUAAGCAAUCGUAGCUGUUGCAGCAUUUUGAUUUGGUGGUCAGUCAGGAGAAGGUAGCAUUAACUUCGUGCAUUACCUAAAUUUUGUUUUUUUAACCUCCUGAGUUGCUUCAGAUAACUUUGUCCACCUUUCUGUCUGGAGUUGAUUGUAAGUUAAAGGCUACUUUAACAAAUAUGACUCACUGAGAGAUAACCACUAAUUAUGCAUUUGGCUUCUCUGGAAUAUGGGAUAAUGAUGGUUAUGAAUGGCUUUUAAAGUGUGUGUGCAUGCAUGUGUUCUUACAUCAGUUAUAUCCGUUAACUGCAAGAGUAAUGUUUAUUAUCAGAAGCCUUUUAUUUCAUUCUAACAGAAUUAUUUCUUUCAGGGUGGUAAUUUUCUAGUUAUUCUAGCUUAGGAAAAACUAAUAUCCUCAGGUGGAAGCAAGGCCUCUUGUUUUCUGUGUGGACAAGUGGGGGGGAAAAAAAGCAUGGCCUUCUAUUAUUAAAGCAUUAUCAACUUUACAAAUGAUUAUUUGAGGAAAUAAGACAUUAAAACUGUUCCUUGAUUAAAAUUCACCAUGCACAGAAGAGAGGAAUAAAUCUUAAGUUGUUUCUGCCUUGUAAGUUAGGGCAUACAGGAGGACAUAGGGGAUGAUCUUAUCUGUAUUGUAGACCCUAGGAGGGUCAGAAAACAGUUAUGUUCGUGUAUUUGUCAAGAAACAUCUGUUUUACUGGUUCAUUUCAGUGCAAAUUAUUUAAUGCUUAGCCACUACUAGCUUUAAGGAUCAUGUCUGUCUUAAUAUAGAUUUGAGACAGUUUCAUGUACCUGAAAAAUUUUAUCCAUAUGAAACUGUAUCUCAACUGUUUUUUGUUUCCUGAUGAAGUGAUCUCAGAACUGGAAACAUAAAUAGCUUCAGGUUUAGACACCUAACUUGGAUGACAUUCAGCAGUCUGAAGUGAGCAGGCGUGAUUUCCUUUAUUAUAUAUAGGUGUUUUCUCAGUGUGAUUCAGCAUCAUAAGGCACAUGCUUAAAAUAAAUAAGGAUUUCUCAAAAGCAGUCAUACUGUAGGGUGUGAAAAUGAAAUAGUUAAGUGAUGGGAGAGAGCUUAGUGCUGUCAGAAUUUGUUCUUACUUUAACAGAAAUGUGACACUGUGGCUGUAUUGACACUGCAUUGUCAUGUGAUGCGUGAUUUGCAUUAUAUGUUAUGCUUACUGUCCAAGCAGAUAAAUCAGACAGCAGAAAUUAAUUGUGACUUGAGUGGUACCUGAUGACAAACUUAAUGUACUCUCCUAGGACAGUGCUCAUUCCAGCUUAAAGAUUCAGUCUUGAACUGGGCAGGGGCAGCAGUUAAUGAGAUUCUUGUUUAGAAUGAUGGUGUAUGAGAAUCUGCAGAGUCUGGAAGGUGAGAUUUUCCAGUUUACAGGAUAGAAAUCUUGCAAGUUAUUUACGUGAUAUAAAGGGCAGCAGAUGUCCUUCAGAUGCAUAUUAUCACUCCCACACAGGAUGUUUUCAAAUAGGCUUUCAAAUAAGCUCUUGCACUAAUUUUGAACAAAUUGCCCAGGCUAGAACAAGACAGCUUGGUAGCUACUGUAUGUCCUCUGCAGGAAGAAUGAGCAUUGCCUUGCAGUUCACUUCCUUGCUUCGUGUUCCUUCAAGGUAUUUUGUUAAAUGCAUGUAACUCUUAAAUUGUAGUACGCUUAAUAGUUGCAUAUAAUUACACAGUUAUCUGAAGUUUUCACUUAGAAGGAUUUGUUUGAUUUUGUUUUCCAAUUAACUUUCAAAUUCAUUUCACCUUUUCUGUUUGAUCCAGGCUCUCCCAGUUUUGAUCAGAUCUACUUUGAGUUGUAUAAAAUAAAUAUUUUUCAGAAUGUUAUGCCUAGUAACUGGGAAAAGAAUUCAAGACUAAUUUAGGCACAAGAAGCCCAAACCUAUUGAAUUGGAUGAGCUUUCACUGAGUAAACUGAAUUAACAACAUAAGCUAAUGCUCACUGAUAAUGUGACAUCAGGUAGAUCUCUUUUCGGCAGCUAUGAUGGAGGACUUAAGAAAGAUUUUCCACUGCAUUCUGUUUAUUUGCUCGCCAGGCUCUUGUCUGUAAUCAACUAUUUAACACUAGGUAGCGCCUUUCUCCUCUGUAUCAUGUUGCAAAAAUGACAAUCCAGAAGGCUGCUCUUGUGUUUGGAUCUUAGGCUUACUCUCCCUAUGCUGAGCGGGCACUUCUUCUGGGCUCCUUUAUUUCCUCCCCCACUCAGGUUCUGCCAUCAGUUCCUCUGUUCUUGCUACCUACUCAUUUAUCUGACCGUCGCUAUAGUGCUGAGCCUACUGAGAUUAAAAGAUUGUAUGCUUUAUUAAUGCCAAGCACUGAAUGUACUAGGGAGACGGAUGGCCACUUUUGUUUCUUAAAGAAUGUUAAAUUCUGUUUAUUGGAAACAAAUGGCAGAUUUCUAGUUCCUGUGUGACUACAGUGAUCAGUUGAGUUAUGUACUUAUGAGGUCAUGUGGCAGGACAGGUCCUGCAUCUUUUCAAUCCAUGUAUGUGGUUCUAAGCCACAACUAAUAUUUCCUUGUCAGUGACACCUGUGGUUUUCCUCUGUUAAAUAUUUGAUUUGGAAAGAAAAACACGCAAGGUAGCUUUCACUCUUUGUGACUCUAAUUUAAAACCAAGCCUAUUCAUUUUUAAUAGGAAUCUAUGGCACUUAAGGACUAGUAAGUCAGUUUGUGGGUGAAUUAGCUGCCACUGUGCUGUUUUCUGUGUUUCAUAUGGCUUCUGCAUUUUAGAGCCAAUGUGUAUUUAGUGCCUACACAUCUCUUCAAAGGGUGUGAAAGGACUUCAAAGUAGACAGAAUAUUAGGUUGCUGAAUUUUGUUCUCCAGUAAUAUUCUGUGAUUUGUUUAUAAUAGUAACAAUAUUAAAUCUUUGAUUAGAGAGAAGUAGAACACACCAUUUUUCUUCAGUGAUACUGCUUUUAUCUUAGUCUCCACUAUUAGACUGCAGAGAGAGGAAAUAAGUACUGGGGGAGUCAGUUUUUCUCAAUGCUUUUGCCUGCUUUCAGAAUUAUAUGUAAUCCUAUUAUUUUAAUCAUUGUCUUGGAAACUUGGACUUUGUGCUUCACUUGACUUGUUGAAAUGUCAAGAGUUAUUACCCUCUGUGUCAGCAGUGGUCAGUUUAACUGGCAUAUAAACUGAAUGGGGAAUCUGGAAAGCAGAUGCUAUUCACUCAUUUCACAGGUGCUUGGCAUGAAGUUUUAGUAAUUGACUUUUUAAUGUCAGGCAUCUCUUAGGAUAAGAUGGAUAUGCAGUGGCUUGCCUGAAAUCUCUGUCUCUUCAGGCACUUGAUGUGGGGAGCAGAACAAAAAGCCUAUCCAGAAUAACCAUGCUAAAAACAAAGUCAGUGUCACCUGCAUACUUAAAGUAAUAUUGUUUCAAAAUCUGGAGAUUUUGUUAUCACAUUUUCUGGAUUUUUUUUCACAAAAGUUAUGAAACAUAAGGUGAUGACUUGCAUCUCGAUGAAUGUUGACUGCAUUUAAAGCACAAAAUCUGCUUUCGGGUCAUCUUAAUUCUUCUUCCUGCUUAUGCAAGCAUUGGUAUUCUCCUGUUUGUGAUGAAUCACUGUAGAAACCCAGGUGGGAGUGUUUAGAACAGAUAGUCAGCAUGUGUUGUUGCAAAAGACACAGGUAUUUUACAUAAUUAACUGCUUGGGGCCUUGAUGGAGAACAAGAAGCCCCUCUGGGCCUUAAACCAUGAUGAAAGAACGGGCUGCCAAUUCAAAGUGAAAUCACCUGUUGCUAAUUUUCCUGCCUAGUUUGCCUUCCAUUCUUUUGAUGUGAUUGUCAGGGUUAUUUGCUAUAUUUUCAUGAUCAUUCUUUAAGAAGCUUUUCCUUCAUUAUUGGUGUUUAAUAAGGUUCCCUAGGAAGUUAGUCUGGAGAUGGAACACAGGCUUUCAGACUGCCACUUGGAACCCCAAGAUGUGCAUUACUAACAGUGAGCUGCUGUUACUCCUCAUGGGGGUUAUUUGUAUUACAGAGUCCCGUGCUGUAUCAUACACUCUUCAGAAAGAUCCUAAGUGUGGGCAGAAAGUUCAUGAGACAAGACCAUGGAGUGACUUUAACCUUUUCACUCGGAUUGUUGGGGGGAACCAGGUGAAACAGGGCUCACAUCCAUGGCAGGUUUCCUUGAAACGAAGAGAAAAGCAUUUCUGUGGAGGCACCAUAGUUUCUGCUCAGUGGGUGGUCACGGCAGCUCACUGCGUCGCAGACAGGAACCUACUCAAGUAUUUGAACGUCACUGCAGGAGAGCACGACUUAAGAAUCAGGGAGAAUGGAGAGCAGACACUGCCUGUUAAAUAUAUCAUUAAACAUCCAAACUUUGACCCACGAAGGCCGAUGAACUAUGACAUAGCCCUUCUUAAGCUGGAUGGAACCUUCAACUUCAGUUCAUCAGUUUUGCCGGCAUGUCUUCCUGAUCCAGGUGAAAAAUUUGAAGCGGGAUAUAUCUGCACUACUUGUGGCUGGGGCCGUUUAAGAGAGAAUGGAGUGCUCCCUCAGGUUCUAUAUGAAGUCAAUCUACCAAUUCUAAAUAGUAGGGAAUGUUCAACAGCAUUGUCAACUUUAAAGAAGCCCAUCCAAGGUGACACUAUACUGUGUGCUGGAUUUCCAGAUGGAGGAAAAGAUGCCUGCCAGGGAGACUCUGGGGGUCCUCUCUUGUGCCAACGUAAGCACGGUGCCUGGAUUCUCGUUGGUGUGAUUUCCUGGGGGAUGGGAUGUGCUCGUGGCUGGAGAGGUAAUGAGAAGAAGAAACAUUAUGAAAGAGGGUCUCCUGGAAUAUUCACAGACCUCAGUGCAGUGCUUUACUGGAUUCAAGAAAAUAUGAGUGCUGAUCUGAAAAUGAAAAGUUCUACACCAUUUUGUAGUGUUCAGGAUGGCAAGCUCCCAGACAAUGAAGGAGAAUUAAAUUUUCCUGGAAGUUCUGAACAGUUCUAUCAAAGCCAUCAGUUGUGUGUAUGGACUGUGUUUGUAUCAGAAGGAAAUUAUAUAUUGCUUCGUUUUUCCCACUUCGAUAUAGAGCUGGAAACAUUUUGCGAGUAUGAUUCUUUAUCAGUCUAUUCAAAAGACAACAGACUUGUUGGGAAAUUCUGUGGAGGAGAUCUUCCAUUACCUAUUUUGAUUGGGUCCGACAAUAUAAGGCUGAAAUUUGUUUCUGACAACAAGGAUCAUGGCACUGGUUUUUCUAUGACUUAUAAAGCUCUUACACCACGUAUCCAUCCUGAUUCUGGCUGUGAGUCCUUAGCUGUCCUUUUUGAAGAAGGAGUGUUGCAAAGUAUGCACUAUCCAGAGCACUACAGCAAUCUGGCAGACUGUCAAUGGAUUAUUUGUGCGCCAGAAGACCAUGUAAUAAAGCUUACAUACCAGUCUUUUGAAGUAGAAGAGAGUGAAGAUUGUUCUUAUGAUGCUGUUACUGUGUAUGAAGAUGUGGAAAAAGAAGAGGAAAUUGGUUUGGCUUUUAAUUUUGGCAUACUUUGGGGACCUAUUAUUUCUGUGACUUUCAGUAGCCUUCUUUUACAGUGUAAACUGAAAUUUACCUCCAGAGUCUCAGGUGUUGCUGCAGCUAGAUCAUGUGGGUUUGUCCUACCAGCGCCUGUUCUAAGCUCCUCUUCCAUGAUGCUGGUUGUCUUUCACUCUGAUGAAACAGAGAACUUUGAAGGAUUCAGAGCUACAAUCACUUUUGUACAUGUUACAGAUUUAGAUACCUUGGAUUCUGCUAGCGUACAAGUAUUUGAAAAUACGAAUAUGACCGAGGAAGGACUGCAGGUUACAGCAGAUGAUGUUUGUGGAAUGCCUUCAAAUCAGCCGAGGUUCAUCUUCAGUAGGAUAAUUGGAGGUGAAGAGGCUGUACCACACUCAUGGCCUUGGCAGGUCAGCAUACAAAUCUCAGAUCAACAUGUCUGUGGAGGAGCAGUUGUUGCCAAAGAAUGGGUUGUCACAGCUGCUCACUGCUUUAAUUCUAAGGAACUCUUCAGAAACUUAUGGAUGGUGGUCACAGGAAUUCAUGAUCUUACAGAGCAAGAAUACAGACAGAAAAGAUCAGUAAAGAAAUAUAUUAUACAUCCGAGCUUUAACAAGAUCACUAUGGACUCUGACAUUGCUUUACUGCAACUGGCUGAGCCCUUAGAAUUCAACCACUAUGUGCAUCCUGUGUGUCUCCCUGCAAAGGAAGAAGUGGUUCAGCCCUCCAGUGUAUGCAUUGUCACAGGGUGGGGAGCACAGGAAGAAGAUAGGGAAAAGAAUAAAAAGUUGCAUCAGCUGGAAGUUCCCAUCUUGAUGCUUGAAGCAUGUCAGACCUAUUACAUAAAUCUUCCAAGUAGAGUGACUCAGAGGAUGAUCUGUGCUGGGUUCCCUCUGGAAGAAGGCAAGGAUUCAUGCACAGGUGAUUCUGGUGGCCCAUUAGUUUGUCCUUCAAAAGAUGGCUCAGGAUUUUACACCCUUAAUGGAAUCACUAGCUGGGGCUUGGGCUGUGGAAGAAAGAGCUACCCAGGAGUAUACACAAAUGUUGCUGUUUUUGUGGACUGGAUCAAGCAGAGCAUUAACAGUAGCGAUCUGCCCGUUUUCAUGGUGUAACUGUCAAAAGAGUUGUGAUGGACUACACUGUAGAACGCUUCCAAAGUACAGAUGUCACAAAAAGCAAAAUUUGGUGAGAGCGUAUUAGUUUGUGACUGCUGAAGAGAUCAUGGAGUAGCUGAUACUUAACUUGAUCAAUUUACUGCUUGUUUUCCUGAUUGAGACCUCAACCUUACAUGUGUGUUCUUGGGAUAUACAUAAGUUACUUACAGGUUUCUGACACUGUCAAUCUAUACUAGAAGGAAGGAUAGGUCACCACAUACUGUAUGUCAAGCAUGCACUCAAAUGCAGCCCUGGAGAAAACAAAAAUCUAUGCAAAAUAAGCAUGUAUGUUAAACAACUGAAGUCAGUUAUCUUUCCCUAAGGUCAGUGAGAGUGUUAGUUCUGGCUCUGAGGGGACCCAGGCAGUGGUGGUACAUCUUUAAGGAUCAAAAUAACACUGUCUAGUGAUUAGUCAUGUAAAUCAAUCCAAUUGCUUGCAAAAUAGUAUUUUAAUAUGCACAAACGAUGGUCCUUAGAAGCCUGAUCUGACUGACUUGUGUAUCUAUUAUUAGAAUGAUUUGACUAUGUUAUUUUCCUGUUACUGUAACAAUUUUUCUACAUAUAAUUGUGCCAAAAGAAUUUUGGUACUUGUGAAGGUGCCACCAAAAGCAGAAUAGAUAUAACUGUGCUCAAAACUGCUUGGGCUUUUGGGAUGUAAGGAAGGUUCAGUAGGAGAGCCUGGGUCACUUACAUGAGAACCUUCUGGUCUGCCUACCUGGUGGAAUCAUCCAUCGAUGUGAAUCCCCAUGAGCAAGCCCAGCUUGUGUGUAAGACUGUGCAAGAUUUUACCAUCUUGUUAGAUUAGAAUUCCAGUGAAAGGCAUUUUGUGGGCAUUAAGUGACUUGUUAUCAAUGUAGGGAAUUCUACACAGUAAGGGCUGUGCUUGGUGCAAACACUCAUCUCUACGAUCCACAGCUUUUCUAUAACCUGGGGUACUAAGUAUGUUUCUCGUGCUUGAUCCUGUAAGGUUCCCCUUACAUCAACCAUGGUCCCACUUUAAAUGUUUUAAAUCAGUUACAUACAGUAUGUUAUUUUAGGUCUGUUAAUCUUAGCAGUGGAAGUAUUGACAGAAGUCUGAAGGAAGCCUUGAUGACCUGUUGAAAACAUUUAUAGCGUGGUGUUGCUAUGUUCUGUUCCAACUUUCUGUAUUGAAGAAAAGUUGGUGUUUUGAUUAAAAAGUAACAUCACCUUUUCUGGAUAAGAAAACUUCCUAUUUUAACAAAUUGCUUGUUAUUCAAACAGAGGUGUUCAAAAAGACAGGUGGUCCAGGCCAGCAGCCUCUGGCAGCAUGCAGUAACUGGCAAAUGUCCUAAUUAAUCUAUCCGUAUAAUCAAAGAGGUACUGUGUAAUUCACACGCUUCAAAGUGAGCACAUCUGCUUGUAAAUAGCAAUUUGUUUAAUGCCCAAAUGGCUGCUUGCACUAGAAAUUGUGAUGACAGGCUCCAAUUAGAUUUGCAGGCUGUGCAUGGCUGUAGGUUUAGAAACUAGAUCAGUAUGGAUAGCAUAAUAGGUGAUAUGAGUAUAAUCCUUUGACUCAACGGCCUGGAAAACAGCUAGGAAGGAAGUAAGAUAUCUUGUCUCUGCUGAUAUUAGUGGCAAAACAUUUUGUGUCCAGAUGUAAAGUCCUCAGUACAGGAGAGAUGUGGACCUCAUGAAGCAUGUCCAGGGGAGGGCCACAAGAAUGAAAAUACUGCAUGGUGAGAGGACGAAUUCAGAUUGAUUUCAAAGAUGCAUAAGGCAUAGCUGUGUUAUUGACAGAGUAUGCUUGUUCCAUCUCCAAGCUCUUGGAAGGGACUCCUGAAAAGGAAUGGAGGGGAAAUAUCCUUUGUGGUUUUUCGUUGUGGAAGUUUGUUAUUGUUUGGUUCUGGGAGGAGUUGCUGUUUGCUGAUGCAUCAAGUGUAACUGUGCUGGAAGUUGGGGUGCCUCAUCUCUUGGAUGUGGUUCUGUUUUACUUAAUGGGAACAGUAGGACUUAAAGUACCUGUGAAGUUGUUUUUCUGUUUGUUUGUUGUUCUGCUUAUUAAACAAAUACAAGAAAUAACUAGUUUUUAAAAAGUGCAGAAAACCAAUCCCAAACCAAGAAAAAGCAGCGAUGGGGGAACUGCAGGUGGUAUCAGCUGCACUCCUAUGGAAUGCAAUGGACAUAUGGAUAGAUGCAGAGCUAACAUCACUUGAAAUGCCUUAUGUGUGUUAAGAGCCCUAUCUUCCUGUAUUUGAUUUUACUGUUACAGUACUUAUUUUUACUUGGCUGCAUGACGCCUACCUUUUGCAUUUCUGCUGGUGGUUUCUCAAGUAAUCUCAUUUUGCUGUUGUUAUAUCUUUCUAGGCUAUUGAAAACUGCAAGGGUCUUUUAUCAAUAAAAGAAGCGUGAACUGUUUUGGGAUGCAAAUAAAAUCUGAUAGAAGAAAUUAAAAACAAUGCUUUCACUUGAGUUAAUGCAGUGGGAUUGUAUUUUGGCUUGGACUCUUGUGUAAAUGUUGUACACUUUAUUCUGACCUGUGGAACAGCACUCAGAGACUCACAGAGAAUAUGAAUGUAAGGUAGUUUUAUUAGAUUUAAGGUUUAUACCUUACAAUAUGCAUGCUCAUAAUACUGCAAACUAAAAAAAUGCCCACUCGCUCUGGACAGUGGGUUGUUCUGUUAUUAACUAAUUCCAUGAAUGUUUUUUUGUUUUUCACUUCUUCUUGGACCUGUGCAGUGUAGUGUUUGGUCCUUUUGAGUUUUGUUUCUUUUGUAGUGAUUGGUCCGGUUUCUUACCUGAAGGCGUUAGACCUGGAAUCCCAGGUAUUUUCUACUUCCCAUCGUACCACCGACAAGCGAAAGCCUUGACCCGUUUCUAGCAAGCCCCUCCCAAGUCCCGCCUAUACCGAGCAAGCCACUCCUUAAUUAAUUAAUCUCCGCCUUUUCUAAGUAGACCACUCCUCAAUCUCCGCCUCACCUUCCUUAAGCUAUUCUC